AUGGCUAGUUACCAUGUUACUCCCCCAUUAUCAAGGGAGCACCUACCUCGAGAAUUCUGCUACAAAUAUGGCUUUUUCGCACAUGGAGAGGAAGAAGUAGAAAACGAAGCACCCGACUUCGGUAUGGCCCCGAAGGAGCAUAAUAAGCUCCGAGUCGGCACCGGUCGUGCGACUCCAACAAAGUUCGAACCACCAAGACUGGGUGUUGAUAUGCCCCAGUCACUCUUCGCACCUAGCGUUUCAGUCAAGGAGACACCGCGGCCACAUGAGUUUAUCCGUCGCACCAACAACCACACCCAAUAUCUGGUCUACGCGAGUGGCAAACGCUAUUUGAGCUUUCCCCUCGAGAACCAAGGACCGACUGGCAAGAAACACGCGCAAACGAGCAACAGAGCCGAGCUACGCGCCGUUGUUGCAGCCUUGCGAUUCCAAUGGUGGCAUGCAGAAGGGUCUGAUAUGCUGAUAGCAACCCAUUCCAGAUAUGUGGUGGAUGGUAUUGCAAUGUGCCUACAGAAAUGGAUCCAGAACGGUUGGAAGACGCAUAUGGGGGCACCAGUUGAGAACCAGGACCUCUGGCGUUGUCUGCUCGGAGAGAUCGAACGAGCAGAUGAUUCUGCGAUCCGCGUGCAGUUCUGGCAUAUUCCGAAGGAAUGGAACCUAGUGGCUCAUCGCCACGCCAAAGCUGCUGCUGGUGAUGACGGAUGUGACGGGUUCAGCGAUACCAUUGACAUUCUGGGUUGA